CCUUCAGCGGAGCCGGCCGCUCGCCGCCUGACCUGCCCGGGGGUCCACCCAGGCCUCCCUCGGCCGGCCAGGCCGCGUCGCCCGCCGCUCCCCGGGCAGGCUCUGCGCCCCCCACCGUCGCCCAGACCUGGUUGGGAAGGGGUACUCCUUGAGCUGGACCGCGCUCCCCUGUGUCCGGCCAUGCCAGGCUCUUGGGCGGGCCUCAGCUGGGCCUCCAGGCCGGGCCGCUCCCCGCAGCCGGAUCCGUUUGGCUAGGGAGCCCCCUUAGCGUAACCGGACCCUCCUGGCCCUGGCUAAGUGGGACCGCUGCCCCCUCGCCCGGGAAGGCCCAAAGGUAUCCGUGAAGCUCCUGCUCAGCCAGGCUCCUCAGCCGGCCCCUCCCAACCUCUGCAGUCUCUGCCCGCCGAGACCCCUACCUGCUUUUCUCUGUCUGCUUUCCCUGCACCCCGCCCCCUGACACCCCCUUCUCCCGCCUGCCUUGGCCCCCUUACUCCUUUGGUCCCAAGCCUUGCCCCUUUGUGUGCGGGGGGGGGGGGGGGGCUCCUUCCUCAAACAUAUUGUCGUGGCACUUCACGCAGAUUUAAACUGCCACACUAGAAAACAUGUUAAUAAAGUUUCAGUUUAUGUACACAGUUCAAAAUGUGAAUCCUGCCUUUGACAUUUGUUCUAGUGCAUUAAUGUGUCAGGGUUUAAGAAACGCAUUUCUUGUGUAAAAUGCAACCACCCUACACCGUUUCCUUGAUAAUAAGGAGGGGUGGGAGGAAACACAUUGCCCACCCCCUGUCCUGGCUCUCCUCCCUUUUUAUGUUCUCUGCCAAGCCAAGCCCUGACUUGUCUUUUUCUCCUGCUGCUAUCCCCCCCCCCCCACUAUCCCCAUUUAGACCCUGCUUGCUCUACUCAUCCCUGCUCUCCUCCAGCUUUCUAACCCUGUGGCACCAGCACUCCCUCCAUGGAUCUAAGGCUGCCACUUGUUACCUGCUGAAUGGCUGUCAGCCUGGGGCUCUCUCAGGUGUACCUCGGGUAGCUGGUGGCAGCUCCAGUGAUUUGGGGGUAGGAGUUUACACAAUGGGCCUUGGUCCAGCCUGUAUGAAAAGGAAUUCCCAUCUCCUGAUACGUUUAACUUGAUUCUGGGUAUUUCGAUGUCCCCACUUUCCAUCACCGUUUGGGUUGGGCCUGUCCUUUGCAUGCCUGAAUAUAUCUUUAGAAGAUCUUGCUAUUCAGUUUAUUGAAAUGCUGUGAAAACACUGCUUCUCUUCUGACCUCAUUUUCAUUUGAGACUCUGAAGGUCCAGAAGUGCUCAUCACCUGAACUUUCUAGCCUCCUGCUUUCUCCUGAUACCAAGAGUGAAUCAGGCCAUUUUAAUGCCUGGCCCUAAGCAGCGUUCUCAGUGGGCACUCAGGUCGUGUGUAGGAACUUGGGAUUGGUGCUCUCUUGCUCAAACUCAUCCCAGCAUCCUACUGGAGAAAGCCCCAGAUUAUUUAUGUAAACCCGAAGAUAACAUCUACAGUAUUGAUUUCACUCGCUUCAAAAUCCGAGACUUGGAGACAGGGACAGUGCUCUUUGAGAUUGCCAAACCUUGUGUUUCAGACCAAGAGGAGGAGGACGACGACGAAGGUGGAGAUGUGGAUAUCAGUGCAGGACGUUUUGUCCGCUAUCAGUUCACACCAGCAUUUCUCCGCCUCCGGACAGUCGGGGCCACAGUGGAGUUCACGGUGGGAGACAAACCUGUGUCAAACUUCCGGAUGAUCGAGCGGCACUAUUUCCGGGAACGCUUGCUGAAAAACUUUGACUUCGAUUUUGGCUUCUGCAUCCCCAGCAGUAGGAACACUUGUGAACAUAUCUAUGAGUUUCCCCAGCUUUCUGAGGAUGUCAUUCGUCUGAUGAUUGAAAAUCCCUAUGAGACCCGUUCCGACAGCUUCUACUUUGUUGACAACAAGCUGAUAAUGCACAACAAGGCUGAUUAUGCCUAUAAUGGAGGCCAGUGACUGCUGCGGGCAUGGACGGGGAGCUGCUUUGCUGUGGCCCAAGGCCCUGGCACAUGGAAAUGGUUGAACCUGUUGGUCAACACACAUCUAGAACCUGGUCCUAGGAAGCCAAGGCUGGCGUGGUAGUUUCCUGUGCUCAAGAGAGGUGCCAAGCAGUGCUGUGUUUUCUUCCCCAGUAUUUUUUCUUCCCUUUUCCCUGCCCUGUAGGUCACAGAGGUACUAGAGUAAAGUGAAGGAUUAGGGUAAGGCUCUUGGAGUCCAGAAGAAAAAGAAAGUUUAUUUUCCUGAAGUCCUAGAUGCCUGGGUCUCUGCAGGCACAGCCAUGUUGGGCUGAGGAGGCUCUGGCUGGUCAGUUUGCAGGUCAGCUGCUUCUCCCUGGCUUCCUGGGCACUGUGAGAAACUGAAAGGUAGGCCUCUUCUAGGCGAUUCCUCCUCUCACAGUGUUGUUCUCAGCAUAGUCUGACCUCAGUUUGUGUGUAGUUCUAAAGCAACUGGAAAGAAAGGGGAUGAUGGAGGGGUGCCAAGGCGGGGAGGCACUGGGGGCCAGUAGGGCUGCAUGUCAUGGAGAGGCCAGCUUCUCUGCCUGACUUCCAGGAUCCUCUGCCAGCCCUCCUGGGGAUACAGCAAGGUUUCAGCCUGGCAGUGCCUUCCUGAUCCCAUUUUGGAGGAAAGAUGAGCUUGCUCUGCUUGUCCUGACUCCUGACUUUUGAGUAUCUCCUGAAAUAGACUAUCAGUUUUUGUGUUCUUGGAACAGUAGGAUCUCUUGAGGCCAUAGCAGGCUUCGUAUUUUUUUUUUUUUUUUUUUUUUUCUCUAGUCUUCUUUCAGGGAGGUUUUAUAAGAUGUCAGUGGUGUACCCAGCAUAUGUGAUGGUGGUUAGACUUCUGAUAGUAUUAAACAGGCUCCUGGGGCUAAUCUGGCUCAUGUUGGGGCCGGGUAUAGUUACAAAUCAGCAGCUACUUAAAGGAGGGAUUUGAUUUUCUCUACACAGGAGAGCCUGCAGGAUUGGCUUUUGAUGGGGAUUUGCCUCUAAAACUCUUUGUAGAUUUCUUAUUUAGGAGGAUUUUCCUGUCUGCCUUUCUCUGAAGUAGUUUCUGGAACCAUCCUGGGGGGUCAGACCUGUUAUGCAUAUUCUGAUCCUUCAUACUGCUAGUUGGAAUGCUUUCAGGUGUUUGGAAAAGAUGAAUGAACUAGGCUGAGGUGGCUCUUGAAAGGUGUUUUCAGAUAACCUUCCCUGCACAUGCUUGGGGGCUACUUUCAUCCUCAGGCUCUCACUGGAUAGCCUGUCACUUCCUCAGCUCUGGCCAGUUGUCUAACUGGCCAUGGCUGACCCUCUGAUAGGAUUGUUGCUGUGGCCAGGGUUUAGCACUGAUCGAAAGGGAGCAGGAGGAAGGGCCCGGGUAUGCGGGAAUAGUCACUGAAGCAUCAUAGUAACUGAAGGAGAGCAGUCUCCCAAGAUGCUUGGGACAAAGGCCCCACAGGGCCCAGGCUGGAAGGGCCAGCACUCUACCACAGAAGCCCCCUGCACCUUUGCUAAUCAGUAUUGCUCCCUAUUUGGACUCUAGAGUGUGAGUGGCCUUGAACCUUGGCCCAGUGCUCUGUGCCAGGCCAGAGUUUGGGCUCUGCCAGAUGCUGGCAGCUUUCUCACUGGGAAAACUCUUCCUCCUCUGUGCUGGCACGGAUGCAACCACUGAGGGAGGGAAGAGACCAGGCACCCUACAGAUGAGUUACUCAUCACCAGACCAAGUGAAUCUCAGAACUGGAGUCAACUACAAAUCCAGGUGCCUUAUGUGUGGCUCUGUCCCACGUGCUGCUGGGGAAAGCUGCAUUGCCAUCCUUCCCUCCUCAUCUGUGGACAGACAUCAGCACUGCCUCCUGACCCUCUGUUUCUCCUCGUGGCCCCUCUGGCAUAUUUGUGUGUGCAUAUCAAGCCUCAGAAUCACUGUUUCUCUAUGGGACAGCAGCAUAACUGGGAGAUUUUCAACUAUUUGAUAUUAUUAUCUAGGAUGUGGUUUCUGGAACUGUUGAGUUCUGCUCAAUAGAGUGUGUCUUGGAAUGUGUCCCAGGGCAGCCACAUCUUAUGGACUAGUGGGCUGUCUCUUCUAAUAUGCAGUGUUAGCCUUUGCUAGGUGGGAGGGUAGGGGUGGCAGACAUUCUGGCUUGAAUAGUGCUGUAUUCUCUUCCCCCUUAGCUUGCCUUAGUCUCAUUGGAGACCACUUGAGGCCGUGUGCUCAAUAUGUGCCCAGGAGGACAGGGCUAUGCUAUCUGCUCCAGAAAGUCUGUCUGGUUUUCUGUACCUGGGAGUCUGGAUUCUUGCAUCUCUAUACUCAGGAAAUCUUGAGAAGCAUUAUCACUCUGGGGUGUUAACCAGGGUGUAUUUGGAAUUCAAGCUUUUGUACCUGAACUGGGGAGAGAAUUGGAAGGUCCUGCUUUCUCUGAAAGUAGCUGAAGCAAUCAGAAGUUGAAUCGGGAGGCCGUGUUAUUAAGGAAUCUGGACUGUGAUAGCAGUUGUCUUGGGGGUGCUACAGUGGGAGGGAAAAAAAUGACCUGCGCAGGAGAGCCCGCCUACUGUUCAGAGCCAGCAUCUAAGUGGCAGCUCCUGGAGGGACACGAGCACAUUCCAGCAGACUGGCAGGCCCACCGGUGCCACAGGGCCUGAUGCCUGCGCCUCUUCCUCUCCUGUACUGCUUCUGUCCUUCUGCCUUGGAAUCUCCAGGAAGAGCAGCUCUCUCUUCCUGUGUAGCCUUUGGGCUAAAGUGUCCUUCUUGCUUAUCCAAAGAAGAUAGAUGCCUGUUGAUUUCGUUCUGUCCAACAGAGCAAACAGAAGAAAUAACCAGUAAAAGUAGUCAUAGGCUAAAGUAGGCCGCCCUCUCUGUAAGUGUUGGCUCAAAGAUACCUUGCAGAGAAAGCAGUUUGCAGAGGCAUGCAGAACUCCCUGAAGACACCUUCAGCCUUUGGGCCAUCUGAUUCUCAGAUGGGGGCAGUGAUUGAAGGGAAGUUGGGGCUAACCAUGGACUGGCGAUUCUUGAAAUGGCAGUGACCGGGAAUUGUUGACCUGGUUUUUCCAGGUGAAGUGGAUUUCAUUUCUGGAGUGGAUUCACUAGGCUGUGUGUAAUGGGCAAGUUGGGCGAGUCUUGCCUUAGUGUGUGUCCUGCCACGCCCAGUAGGCUCCCAGAGUAUUUUUUUUUUCCCUCUGUCAAGUCACUUUCUUUUGGUGGCUGUUGUCACCAUGAUAGCUGUGAGGUUUGGGGACUGGAGACAGUUUGUCCCCAGAACCACAGCAUAGAGUUCUUGCCAGGACACAAGGAUUUCUGAUGCAGAGGUGCUGGUGUACCUAGUGCAAGAGCCUGAUCGUCAGUUCAUUUCCUCACAUUCCACGUUACAGAAUAUCUUCACCACAAGAAGGGUGUGGUGGAGGCGAAUUUACCCCUUGUUUUAAAAAGGAUCAUGUAAAGUCAUUGAAGUUGUGAAAGUCUAUUUUUUCCCCUGUAAAUCUAUUUUUUCACAGAAUAUAAGAAACGUCAAUGACCUGAUUUGUUCUUCCAAAGUCCUCUUUCCCUUUCACCUAAGAUCCUCAUUCCAGUUUGUAUUGUCUUUGUGUCCAAAGUAAACUAGGUGACUUAUUUGUAUAAAAUGUUAUUUUGCCACAAGAGACAGUAAUAAAAGAUUUUUCACAGUA